AUGUCUACCCCAUACAUUUCACACGAACCUACUCCAUCGUCUAAACACAUGCUCAGUCGACGAUGUCUUAGUCUACAAACAGAACUCAUCGAUCUGUUCCUCCCCGAAUUAUCCCAGCCCUGUCUGAAUGGUGUCGUCAAUUUCAACAAUACGAAGCAAUUCGACACCCUCCUUCGCCAUCUAGAAAUCACAUCAACCUUGCCUACUUUCAAUGCUGUACCUUCAUCCACGAUCCUUCAUAUCCUUUUCACGUUGCUGAUUCGAGCUCCGUCUCUCAAUUGGUCUCAUGAUGCGUCUCCGCUGGAUCUACUAGCGACAUCUGAAUACAUGAAGCAGGUCAAUAAGUUGUACGAUAGUGCUCUAUAUCGAAAGCUGCUUCUGCAACGAGCGCAGAGUGUGCUUGGAACGUAUAUUGACUUGGUUGCGAAUUCGCAGACUGCUGCUACAGAUCUCCUCUACGAAAGACUACAUGAGUGUGUGUCUCUGUUUGUCACUACAUCGUAUGUAAGACCGUACUUGAAGAGACAAACAAAGCAGACCCCUAUUCAAUAUGAUGAUUUGGCCACGCCAUUGUAUCUUCAGGAGAAUGCUGAAUUGAGUACGACGCAUCAUGCUGUAGAAGUAAUCAGUGACUCUGAGGAGUCUGAUGCCAUCGUAGAUGCAGAUAUGAGCAUUAUCACUGCCGAUCUUGGUGACGUACCUCAUCAGCAGAGUGUCAAAUCGUUCACAGAAUUAGGCAGUAGAACUUCGGGGCUCGGCGAGACUGCCGUUUUGUUCAAGGAUAUGCCUCAUUUGCUGGCUCAGGCCACCCCAGAAGCGCUGGAUACCGAUGAGCCCAGAGCCAAGCGCCAGAGGAGAUUUCCAUCGAUUGAACAGAUUCGAGUGUUUGAUGAUGUACUAUUAUUUAAAAGGCUCCGAGAAAACUCAUCGUGUAAUGUGUGGGCGCUUCUACGAUGGACAUUUUGGUGUGCAGAAGUAAGCUCCCAAUAUCAGAGAUUUCUUUUCAAUUCUUGCCACACAAAAGUUCAUGAGCUCUACGUGGCAUACAAGGAAACAUUCAGGCUUCUUCUUCGUGUUUGUGACUGUUCCGAUCGUGACAGAUUUCCUGGCAAUUUGAGGAGGAGACUAUUCGAGGGUCUUGGCUUUGGGACAACUGCCGAUGAUCGCGCGGUUGAGUUUAUUUUCACUGGGCUAGGCAUUUCAAGUCAGGACACCCCAACGCCGUAUUUUUCCCGAGAAAAGCUUCUCUUGAGUGCUGAUAAAGCCGUCAAUGUAUCACGGUCUAAAGAAGAAGCUGUUGUUGACGAUAACAAAGAUUCUAUGGAGAUUCGUAUUCGCCUUCUCAACCUAUUAUUCUCAGCUCAAUCUACUGAUGACAAUCGAUCUAUCCAAAUAGUAGAGUUCGUGUCAAUGAAGCUCGCACUUUUGCUGCAAUCCCAUGUAAGAACGUUUUUGCAAAAGGCGUCUCAUUUUCUCAAAUGUGCUGGUCAUUCAGAUCAGAGGGGCUUCUUCGUUCUACUCGCUCACUGUUGCGUGAACUUACUCGUUGGUAAAGCAAGGUCUGAUACAUCGGGGCCUGCCCUUUUCAGUUCUGCUGCUCUUGUAGCUGCCAUUUCACGCAAUGGCACUUUCGUAUCUAUUUUUGAUGUUUUGACGAACGAAGCUCGGGGAUCAUACAAAGAAAAAUGGAAUUGGGUUGUAUUCUUAACCUCAUGGGUUCUCGUCACGCUGCUUAACCUACAUUACUUGUCUGAUGAUGAUCUCUUAGUGGCAAAAAAGAAUUUUUCUGCGGUGUUUGAAGAUGCUAAAAAAAUAUUUGACACCAACCACCGCUCAGGUUCUGAGGCUGAGUCUGAUGAGGAAUACUUCACUCCGAGACCAGAUAGUUUCACUGAAGAUAAUAGAAGCAUAUUCGAAGUCACCGACAAAGCCACCAUCGAUGUUGAUGAUAGCAUACAAGAACUCACAAUGGCUGUAGAUCAAGCAGAUGUUCAAGAAAUGCUAGCGACAUACAAGAGCUACAUCUUACUACCCAUCGAAACCUAUCUUAAUAUGAACGACUAA